GCACUACUGGCUCGGCGUCCUCAGUCACUUUGUGCCAUUUCACCAAGUAGGAGCCAAAGGAAAGCUUGAAACAUGAAAAUGUUAGCGAGACUUGUUCUGGGACUUGUCAUCUUUGAUGCCGCUGUGACUGCUCCAACUCUGGACACCAUCAACUAUGACUCAGAAACUUACGAGGCCACUUUGGAUGACCUGGAUAAUUUAUACAACUAUGAAAACAUACCUAUUGGUCAAGCUGAGAUUGAAAUAGCCACAGUGAUGCCUUCUGGGAACAGAGAGCUCCUCACCCCACCCCCACAGCCAGAGGAGGCUGAGGAAGAGGAGGAGGAGGAGUCCACUCCCAGACUUACCGACGGCUCUUCCCCCCAGGAGCCUGAGUUCACUGGGGUUCUGGGCCCACACACCAAUGAAGACUUUCCAACCUGCCUUCUCUGUACAUGUAUAAGUACCACCGUAUACUGCGAUGACCAUGAACUUGAUGCUAUUCCUCCGCUGCCCAAGAACACCGCUUAUUUCUAUUCCCGCUUCAACAGAAUUAAAAAGAUCAACAAAAAUGAUUUUGCAAGCCUAAACGAUUUAAGAAGAAUUGAUCUGACAUCCAAUCUAAUAUCUGAGAUUGAUGAGGAGGCAUUCAGAAAGCUACCUCAACUUCGAGAGCUUGUCCUGCGUGACAACAAAAUAAGGCAGCUCCCAGAAUUGCCAAACACUUUGACAUUUAUUGAUAUUAGCAACAAUAGGCUGGGGAGGAAAGGAAUAAAGCAAGAAGCAUUUAAAGAUAUGUAUGAUCUCCAUCAUCUCUACCUCACCGAUAACAAUUUGGACCACAUCCCUCUGCCACUCCCAGAAAACCUACGGGCCCUUCACCUCCAGAAUAACAACAUUUUCGAGAUGCAUGAAGAUACCUUCUGCAAUGUUAAAAAUUUGACUUACAUCCGAAAGGCGCUAGAGGAUAUUAGAUUGGAUGGAAACCCUAUCAAUCUUAGCAAAACUCCUCAAGCGUACAUGUGCCUACCUCGUUUGCCUAUUGGAAGUCUCGUCUAAUUGCUGAUAAUGGUUAGCAUUAUGGUGCCACUACCAUGGAACAAUUCUUACUGCUCUCUUCGGAAACAAAAACUCAGCCUGAUACUUUCAAAUUGUGUUCUUAAAAAUGAUAUAAUUUCAUGAAAUACAACUAAAAGUUUUAAGAUAUGAUGGCAAUUUAGUAAUUUAAGCAAACACCAGAUGAGUCAGGGAUAAAACCAAAUGAGGUACAGAAAGGGAGAAGUUAAAUGAUAAAAAAAUAUAUUUUGCAGCUAUUCUUGUAAAUUACAUGUAACUUGCAGGUUUUAAGGAUUUCUACCCAUAUAAUUUCAAGUUCAGUACAUAAUAAAGAAAAAACUUGAGAUGAGCACUCUAGGUGCAUUGUCAAGAUUUAGAUGUUUUUAAUUAAACUUUUCUAUUCCUUUUUUUUUUCACUAAAGCAUGUUUCUGUUUCCAAAUUGAUUAAAGAUAAUCAA